AUGCUUUCGAAUUCUAUAAUUCAUUAUGAAGGGAAUGACGAGGUGGUUGAUGGACGGGAGUCUCUCUAUUCACUCCUCGAGAAAGAAACUUCUAUGUCUGAAUUUGACACGCAGCUCUCUGUUGCAGUCAAGGCCGCCGCAAGCCAAUGCUCUCAUUCUGCUACUGUUUGGGCGAGUGUAAAUACAUAG